AUCCAAACCCCCCCCAUUUGGCGCCUACUGCCUAUUUACUAAACCCUGUUUGUCUUAAGUUCACAUUCAACUAGCAAACACGGGCGGGCCCUAAAUUUUCCAGUUCCCCAAAUUCUCUUCUUCUCUCUUUUGUAUUCUCUCGAGAUUUCUCUCUCUUCUCCUUGUGCUUUAAAUUUGAAAAUUAAAAUCCCUUCAUUUUGAAUUUUGAAAAAAAUCCAGGUUAAAUGGCAAGUCUUCUAGCUUCUUCAGGGUUUAACCUAUUUUUAAUGGGGUUUUGAGUUUCUAGAUCCGCAUCAGCUUAAAACCUAGGGAUUAACAACAUUAUAAGAGCAAUGACAGCUGUAAGUCCUUAUUUUGAUGACUUGCGAUGUCAACCUGAGGUCAUUCAUCCUCCACAAAACGAAGACUGCACGGUCAUUGGUGAACAUAUGAAUGAGCCUGCUCAACAUACAGCAAAACCUAAUGUGACUGUUUCCAGUAGUGUUCGUGAAUUAUUGGAAUGUCCUGUAUGCUUAAAUGCUAUGUAUCCACCCAUCCAUCAGUGUUCCAAUGGUCACACACUAUGUUCUGGUUGCAAACCUAGGGUUCAUAAUCGCUGUCCAACAUGUAGGCAUGAACUUGGUAAUAUCCGAUGUCUUGCAUUGGAGAAGGUUGCUGCAUCUCUUGAACUCCCAUGUAAAUAUCAGAGCUUUGGAUGCAUAGGCAUCAUUCCUUACUACAGCAAGCUAAAGCAUGAAUCACAAUGCUCGUUCAGACCCUAUAAUUGUCCCUAUGCGGGGUCAGAGUGCACUGUCAUUGGCGACAUACCAUAUAUAGUUACCCAUUUAAAAGAUGAUCACAAAGUUGAUAUGCACAUGGGAAGCACUUUCAACCAUCGCUAUGUGAAGUCAAAUCCCCAUGAAGUGGAAAAUGCUACAUGGAUGCUCACAGUUUUCAGUUGCUUUGGUCAGUACUUCUGUUUACACUUCGAAGCAUUUCAACUUGGAAUGGCACCAGUUUAUAUUGCAUUUUUACGUUUCAUGGGUGAUGAUGAAUCGGCAAAGAACUUUAGCUACAGUCUUGAAGUAGGAGGCAACGGAAGGAAGCUGAUUUGGCAAGGGGUACCUAGAAGCAUCAGGGACAGUCACCGUAAAGUUCGAGACAGUUUUGAUGGCCUCAUCAUUCAACGUAAUAUGGCGCUCUUCUUUUCUGGUGGAGACCGGAAAGAGUUGAAGCUUAGAGUUACUGGUAGGAUAUGGAAGGAACAAUGAUGUCCAUUGUAGCAGGACACUUGUAGUUGUAGUAGUAGUAGUAGUAGUUCUGUUUUUGUCCAAGGAGUAGGUUUUAUUCAUCUAGCAAUCAGUGAAAAGUCUUCUGAUCAAUGUAUUUUCUUGAACAAGGAGCAACCUCUCUUUGCCUUGUCCAUGAUUAAAAUACAUAAGUGAGUCAGCUUGUAGAAUGUGUCUUGCUGUCUAAUGUAUUCUACAGUUAAAGAUGUGUAUCCAUGAAGUUCUCUUUAUUGCAGAAAUCCUGUUUAUUCUAUUUCAA